GCACGUGACCUCUUUAGCCUCAUUUUGCAUUUUGUGCCGGCGAUUAUGUUGAGGUUCCAUAGCUCUAUUUUCUACGCCUCUCUAUAAUACAAUAGCCUAUUUUAUGUGUGAAGAUUAAAGAGUGUGGUCGAGUGUUACUGAAGGAAGCGAGGAAACUGUUUUACCACUCAUCAGUGUUGGGCAUAUCAAGCCACCCUACUGUGCUGAGGGAGUGUAAAUAUGCCUACAAACAAAAAAGACACUCUGAAGUUACCAGGGAAGCACUCUGAGUUAGCUCAAUACUUUUCAUUUGAUGACCCAGAACCCUUGUUCCUGGACCAAAGAGAGAUAGGUCAUGGAAGCUUUGGUGCUGUUUUCUAUGCCAAGAACGCUGUCACUAACGAGGUGGUGGCUAUAAAGAAGAUGAAUUUCUCUGGAAAACAGUCUACUGAGAAAUGGCAAGACAUUGUACGUGAGGUGAAAUUCCUCAAAUCCUGUGACCACGAUCACUGUAUACACUACAAAGGAGGCUAUAUCAAGGACCAGACAGUCUGGCUGGUGAUGGAGUACUGUCUUGGAUCAGCCUCUGACAUUGUAGAAGUGCACAAGUCAUCGCUAGAGGAGGACGAGAUACGGGCCAUUGUCCAAGGUGCUGUAAUGGGGUUGGUAUACCUUCACUCUCGAGGGAGAAUCCAUCGCGACAUCAAGGCGGGAAACAUCCUGCUCACCUCCAAGGGACUCGUCAAAUUGGCAGACUUUGGUUCAGCCUCUCUGCGCAGUCCCUGCAACUCAUUCGUGGGAACUCCUUUCUGGAUGGCUCCUGAAGUGAUACUGGCCAUGGAUGAAGGCAUGUACGAUGGCAAGGUGGAUGUCUGGUCUAUAGGAAUCACUUCAAUUGAGUUAGCCGAGAGAAAGCCUCCCCUCUUCCACAUGAAUGCCAUGAGUGCCCUUUACCACAUCGCUCAGAAUGAUCCCCCUAAACUCAAGUUCCCUGAGAAAUGGUCGGAGACAUUCCAACAGUUUGUCUCCCAGUGUCUUCAUAAAGAACCUGAGGACAGACUCACUGCUGCCCAGUUACUAGAGCACGAUUUCCUCCGUACUACGUCACAGAGACAUCACGAAAUCCUAGUCCUACUGAUUCAAAGGACACAGGAAGCUGUGCGUCGUCAAGACAACCAGAGCUUUGCUCGCAACCGUAAGAUGCUCAUGAACAACCUGGACGAGGAUGAAGACAGUCAGAAGGACGAGACAGAGAUAGAGUCUGAGCCUCCAAGUGAUGCUGGCGACCUUGAGCCAAGUCCCCCGAUCUCCUCCCCCUCUCCCACGAAUGAUAACACUCUCACGUCCCCCCUCGACAUGCUCCUCCCCACUCUGACCUGUGCAGAAGACCCCGUCACAGGAGGCAAGAGCCCGGCACAUUCACGGAAGAAGAGACCUAGCGAUGCUAUGCCGGUCUCCACUGGAGGUAUCAACAACCAUCACAUAGCACGGGGCAGUAUAGGAACAGCAAAAGCAUCUGUUAGUCCCGCUAGACUGCCUGUGAGUCGCACAAAAAGUGAAGGCUCUGCACUGCUCAUUGGGAGCACAGAGUCUGGUGACACCGCCCUCAGCCUGUCUGGUCGGGCCACAAAGUCUCCCCCAGCUACUGGGGUGAGAGGAGCCUCAAAGUCUUCCAAGGAGAAAGCUGAAGAGGUGGCUAGGAAAGUGGCUGGUAACAGUGACGGAUUUUCCACUCUCCGCUCAUCCAAGAUGGUCUCCAAGCAGGCCGCAGAGUGGCAGAUCCAGUCUGAGCUCAGGGAGCAGAUGCAAGGCUACAAGAGAAUGAGGCAACAGCACAAAGCUCAGAUGCAACAACUGGAGUCCAAACACAAAAGUGAUCUCGCUGCCCACUUCAAGAGUCAGGAGAAAGAGGUAGAGCAGCUAUGGGCCAUCUACGAGAGGGACCUGGAGAAACUCAGGUCCAGACACAAAACAGAGAACGAUCAGAAGAACAAGCAGCGUUCCAAUGAUGAAAAGAAGUUCCAGAAGGGUCUCAAAGAACACCAGGAUUCAGACAUGAAGCAGUUCUUGGCCCAACAAAAGUCCGACCUUAAAACCACGAAAGCCACUUACAAACGAGUGCUAGAUGAGGACCCGAAUCUGACUAGUGCUCAGCGGAAACAGAUGCUUGAGGAGAGGAAGAAAGAGGUGCAGGCACAACUGAAAGGGAAUGAAGAGGAACACUUGGGGAACUUGAAGUCUGUUGCUGGAGAAGAGUUGGUGGGCUAUCGGCAGUCUCUGAUGCAUGAGAGGCAGACCUUGGAGAAGGGCCUCCUGCAAGAGGACCUUAAUCUAAUGCAGACACAUAAGGACCAAUCUCAAGACCUCCGACGCAAACAUCUCUCCAACACGAUUGAGCUUCAGUACUACCAGUUAAAGUCGUUGCACGAAGUGAGGAACGAACACCUGGCACGACAGCACGCCUCUGAAUGGGACAACCAGAUCGCCUACAGCAAGAAAGCUGAGAGGGAGCUGAGGAAGAAACACGUUCUGGAGCUCAAGGAACACCCAAAGAGCAUGAAAAGUAAAGAGACACAAAUCAAGAAGCAGUACAAUGAUACAGUUCGUAUCCAGACCCGACAGUACAAAGUCCUCCAGAAACAGAUGAUAGCCAGCCUCCCUAAGGAGAGACGGAGGGAGAUACUCAGACAGACCAAAGAGGAGCAGCUAAGGAAGACUCACAUGCUCACUCUACAGUAUGAGAAGACCAUUUCCGACAUGUCCCAGCAUGAAGCUGUGAGGCUGGACGAAGCACAAGAGUCUGAGCAUGAGGCCCUGAGGAAUCAGCUUACACAGGAGCAGGAACUACUCGACAAGUUCCAGGAAAGUCAGAAAGCCAAACUGACGGCCCAGCACGAGAGGGAAAAGCAGGCUCUCGAUGAGAAGGUGGAGAGCACCAAAAAAGAACUUGAGAAAGAGUUACUUGAGGAGAGCACCAGGUUGCAAACCAUACGCCUGGAGAGACAACAAGAGCUACAGAAAAAACACCUCGCUGAGGUCAAAGAGUUCUCAGAGAAGUUUACCAAUCACAGAGUGAGGGAUACAUCAACCUCCUCUGACUAUGGGUCGCUUAGCUCUCAGCAGAGUAACACUAUAAACACUCCUAUCGGUUUAAAAACAUCCUCUGUAUAGAUUGAUCACUAUUUUUAUGUAUUAGAAUAAUUAUGUAUUUAGAAAUUUACGUAGUUUUAAAUCUUGGAUGGCUUUAACAUAUAAAGUUUUGUGUGUAAAGGUGCGUACAUGUUACAUAAACAACAGUCUAACGUUGAGCUGUUGUGUUAGAUUUUUUAUUUCAUUUUCCAUACGUUCAUCUUCAGAUGUGGUUAAUAAUGUCUAA